AUGCCUAUUCGCACAUAUUUUGACAUUGAUAUCGAUGGCCGGCGUGAGGGCCGAAUAGUUUUUGAAUUGUUCGAUAAUGUUGUACCAAAAACAGCAGAAAAUUUUCGUGCACUUUGUACAG